AUGGCGAGCGGUGACCGCAAGCGACCGCCCCCGGCAGGCCCCAAAUGCCCCUCUCGGUUCGUCCCCGGGCCGCCGCGGAAACAGCCCAACUUGCCCUGGAUGCCCCGGGCAGGAUACAGCCACGAGCUGGACAGGGACAGUGAACUAUUGCGGUCAGCGAAGAAUUAUUAUCCUGAAGGUGAUAGUGAAGGCGGUUGCAGCGAGUUCCCGCCGCUGAUGAUGCGCAAGUCGUGGACGCGUGGCGUGCCGUACCGGGACAGCUUCGACCACGCCAAACCUGCUGACUCUAUUGGUAACUGCUACACUAGGGCGACGAAAACUAUGAGAACAAUAAACAUGCCCCCAAAGCGUCGUCCGCCCCCGCAACUGUAUGGGCCAUUGGGACCAAACGGGGAACUACAGUUUCCACCUUUAAAGUCCUGGGCGGAAAGGGAGAAGGAAAAACUUGAUGCUAUAAAAAAGGAAAAGGAGAAACAUAAGUUGCAAAAAGGUUUGGUGCUACUUGAAGAUCUGGUUUCUGGCGCAUACGAUAGACGUAAAGCGGCAGAGGCAGAAGCGAAGAGAAAGAGAAUCGAGAAGAGAAAGCGAGAGAAGGAAGCGGCGGAAAUUGCUGCUAAGGAAGCAUUGAAAAAGCACUUAGCAAAACUAGAGUUUGAGUUGCCAAGAGACCCAGAUGACCAAAAGUGCGAGUUGAUCAGGAUCACUGAAGAAGAGCACUAUAGAUAUAUUCAUCCCAAGGAACUUGAAAGGAUCAAUUAUUAUUUAACUACGUCUCUAACCGGACCCCACAUCCCAGAGUUUCCAGAACACCUAUAUAAGCGGGCUAAAACCCGCGUGGAUAAACAAACUGCGGCCAUAAAGCGGCGCCUGCUCAGCCUCACGUACAGCGCCUGCGUGAGGCAGAGUGCGAAUGAGAUAAGGGACUUCUUUGAGAUGGCUAUGAAGAGAUGUCUCCUAAGCUACAUCCUCGAAGACGUAGCGGAGCGGCAACGCCUCCACAUCUCCUUCCUGCCCACUCUAUGGCCGGCGCUAGUUGUACGAGCUCCAGUCCCGUGGCAUACGACCGCAGUACGAGCGAGACAGGCGAUGGGCUACCGGUACUAUGAGGGGAACCCCGUGCUGGUGGAGCUGCGGAGAAUCUGGUUCGAGAGAUACCAAAACAUAUACAUCUGCGACAUGAAUAAAAUGCAAGAGGAUCUGCCCUUCCCCCAAUACCCGAGCGAAUUCACAGAACGGCUCAACAAAUUGUGUGCUCAAACCAGAGCAGAGCUAGUUGAUAACUGGUUGAUAGAUGUCGCCGAUACGAUGAUUAAGAUGCGGCAUCAUUGGGCUGGAUAUGUGGCCAAGAGAAAGAAGGCCUCUACCUUCCAAGUGGAAGAGUUUUUUGGUUGCAUCCAUGGGUUGAUGUCAAAACAAGUUCGAGAUCUGGUGGAGAGAAGUAUCUUUCAUUUCGCGGAAUAUUUCUCAUAUUAUUGGGAGGGCAACAAAUACUCUGGCGAGUACAAAGACUACACAUACAUAAAGCGGCCAUUACUCCGCAUUAAAGUGAUCGGUCGCGCAGGAUCCACGCAGCUAGCCUUCGAGCCUUCGUUAGAUCACAUGCGGGCGCUUAUUGUUAAAUGGAUACAUACGAUAAUCAAUGUUAAUAUGCAAUUGCCGAGCGUGGAUAGUAUUAUGUAUCCAGGUUCGGCCCGCCCCAAACCUUACCUUAUGUCAGUAUACCCGGAUGAACCCUACAUGGCGGAAGUAGUGAACCAAUGCACUCGAUACUUUUCGCUCAAUAGACCUGGACCAAUCAGCUUCCUUAGCCGUUAUGAAGAGUAUUACUAUUUGUUGGAUGGUACUGCUCAUGAGGAUCUGCUGAAGUUUUUUGCUCUAGAUCCUCCGCCGUAUUUGAAGGACUUCUCAGCCCAAAUCCGUCAAUACGAAGUCCUCCGCGAUGAGAUCCUCUUCCUCCGCCGGGACAUUCCUCUCAACAUGGUGAUGCUGGACUGUGGACCGAUCAAUGACGUCAUCUGGGAUGUGGUGAAUGGGCUUCGGCAGUAUAUCGUGGACCACUUUAUAUUGUUGAACAGGAAGUGGAAUCGAUCGAUAUGCAACGUGUACGAAGAAAUGGCGGCACGUGCGUCCGAAAGUCCCGAAACCACAGCACAACUAGUUGAACUGCUGGCUUACAUUCUCGAGUGUAGAGAUUGCUCCCUCUUUGAGUUGAGAGAGAAAUCGCGCACUACAGCAGAAUAUGUGCUUUUUCUUAUGGAGCAUGCGCAUUUGUCGUUCGAAGACAUAAACCUGAACACGCGCGUGUUUCUCUGGCCGCUCGACAUGGAGGACACGAUAGACCUGACGCUGAAGACGCUCAACACCAAGAAGACGAUGGCGGAGGACAAGCUGAGGAGCAGGAAGGCGAUCUUCGAGGAGAAGCUGAAGCGGCACGAGAAGGAGCUGGAGCUGUUCCGCCGGUUCGACCCGCCGCUGCUCAACCUGGACCUGCUGCGGGAGGUCGUGGCCAAGGUGGACGAGAUCAACAAUAACUUGAUGGACGACAAACACGAAGCGGAGGACAUAAUCAGCGAGGAGACGCUGUUAGACCAGGAGGUGUCGGUAUACUUCAGCCUGCAGACCAUGCUCGCCGGGAUAGAGCCCUUCCACAAGCUGUGGCAUACUGCCUUCGACUUUUACGAUGGUUAUGAGAAAUGGUACCACGGUCCAUUCCUCGGCUUGGACGCAGAGCAGAUCUCGGAGGACGUGGAGGCGUGGUGGAAGCUGCUGUACAAGCUGGGCAAGCAGCUGUUCGAGUUCCCAGGUGCCAAGCGUAUAGCAGAUAUGGUGCGAAACAAGCUGGAGAAGUUCAAGGUGCUGGUGCCCGUGCUGUGCGCUAUUUGUAAUAAGGGCAUGCGCGAGCGCCACUGGGCCAAAAUCAGCGAACUUGUUGGUGCCGAAGUAUCACAUGAACCCGGUGCAUCACUAGCUGAUAUGGUAGAACAAGGAGUGCAUGUGUACGCAGCUCAGUUGGAAGAGAUAGAGCAAUAUGCCGCUAAGGAAUAUGGGCUGGAGAAAGCACUAGCCAAGAUGAAGGAAGAGUGGCUUGGUGUGAAGUUCGAGGUGGUUCCGUAUAGGGACACAGGCGUGGGCAUCCUCACCGGGUUGGACGACAUCCAACAACAGUUGGACGACCACAUCCUGAAGGCGCAGACGAUGCGCGGCUCGCCCUACGUGCGCGCGUUCGAGCGGGACAUGGCCGCCUGGGAGGACAAGCUCAUCGCCAUGCAGGACAUACUCGACCAGUGGCUGCAGUGCCAAGCGACAUGGAUGUAUCUCGAACCGAUCUUCUCCUCGGAAGACAUAAUGCGUCAAAUGCCAACCGAAGCGCGUAACUUCCGUGACGUGGACAAAGAAUGGCGCACCAUCAUGGGGGCAACUCAGAAGGAUCCCAUGGUGCUGACAGCUACCGACUUCCCGGGGCUGCUGAAGAAGCUGAGAUAUAAUAAUGCCCUGUUGGAUGAUAUACAGCGGGGACUCAAUGAUUAUCUCGAGAAGAAACGGCUGUUCUUCCCCAGAUUCUUCUUCCUAUCAAACGAUGAACUGCUCGAGAUACUCUCGGAGACGAAAGACCCGAUGCGUGUACAGCCACAUCUCAAGAAAUGCUUCGAGGGGAUCUACACGUUGGACUUUAAUGCUAAUAAGGAAAUAAUUGGCAUGGCGUCCUCUGAAGGGGAAAUUGUGAAGCUGUCCUCGAGUAUUCAACCGGCUGAUGCUAAGGGCAUGGUGGAGCGCUGGCUGCAGCAGCUGGAGCACCAGAUGAUGGUGAGCCUGCGGGACGUGGCCUCUGAGGCCAUCACAGCUUAUACCCUUACAGAGAGGACUGAGUGGGUGCUGUGUUGGCCCGGACAGAUCGUGCAGGCGGGCUCCUGUGUACAGUAUACCACUGAGGCAAUAGAGGCGAUAAACACCACAAGUUUGCCCGAGCUGAUCGCGCACAGCACGCAGCAGAUCACGGGGCUGGUGUACCUGGUGCAGGGCGAGCUGGAGCCCGGCAACCGCAUCACUGUGGAGGCGCUCAUCGUGCUCGACGUGCACGGUCGGUCCAUCCUAGAAGAGAUGGAAGAGAAGCAAGUCCGUGACAUAACAGAUUUCAACUGGAUUUCACAACUCCGUUACUACUGGCGCGGUGAUCGGAUGACUUGCUCCAUGAUUACCACGGACGUGGAGUACGGGUUCGAGUACCUGGGCAAUACCGGGCGGCUGGUGGCUACGCCGCUCACUGAUAGGUGUUAUAGGACACUAAUGAGUGCCCUAAAACUGAACCUGGGCGGUGCCCCCGAGGGUCCAGCGGGGACGGGCAAGACGGAGACCACGAAGGACCUGGCCAAGGCCGUCGCCAAGAAGUGCGUGGUCUUCAAUUGCUCGGAUGGACUGGAUUAUAAGGCGCUGGGGAAGUUCUUUAAGGGACUAGCACAAUCUGGCGCCUGGGCGUGUUUCGAUGAAUUCAACCGCAUCGAACUAGAAGUCCUAUCAGUUGUGGCUCAGCAGAUCCUGUCCAUCCAACUGGCAAUUCUACGCAGGGACAAGCGGUUCAUCUUUGAGGGCACGGAGAUUAGUUUGAAUCCGACAUGCUCAGUCUUUAUUACUAUGAAUCCUGGGUACGCGGGACGAACGGAAUUGCCAGACAAUCUAAAAGUGCUAUUCCGCACGGUCGCCAUGAUGGUACCCGACUACGCCAUGAUCGGCGAGAUCACGCUCUACUCAAAUGGAUUCGUUAAUGCUGGCCCUCUAGCCCGCAAGAUAGUGCAAGCGUACAAGCUCUGUUCGGAGCAACUGUCCUCCCAGAACCACUACGACUACGGCAUGCGAGCGGUCAAGUCGGUGCUACUCGCCUCUGGGGCGCUCAAGAAGAACUAUCCCGAUAAAGAUGAGGCACAGUUGGUGUUGAGGGCCAUUAUUGAUGUCAAUAUGCCCAAGUUUUUGUCGCAGGACGUACCCCUCUUCACCGGGAUAUACUCGGAUCUAUUCCCGGGCGUGGAGAUCCCUCAACCAGACCGAGCAGAGUUACUCAAGUGCAUCAACAAAGAACUGGACAAGAGAAACCUGCAGCCCACUGAGUGGUAUCUGGAGAAGAUAAUACAGAUAUACGAAAUGAUGCUAGUCCGUCACGGGUUCAUGAUAGUGGGUCCCCCCAUGGGUGGCAAGACACAAGCGUACCAGAGCCUCGCGGAAUCUCUCCGGGCGUUACAAUUGAUGAAGCCUCCGCCAAGGCAUAAGGAGUUUGGUGCUAUAUAUCGGAUUAUUAACCCGAAAGCGAUCACUAUGGGACAGCUGUAUGGCUGCUUUGAUCCGGCUAGUCAUGAGUGGUCGGACGGUGUGCUAGCGAUAGCGUUCCGCGAAUACGCAAUGUCCAUAACGAGAGAUCGUAAAUGGAUACUCUUCGACGGGCCCGUGGACGCGGUGUGGAUAGAGAACAUGAACACAGUGCUAGAUGAUAACAAGAAGCUGUGCCUGAUGAGCGGAGAGAUUAUACAGAUGACAAACAAAAUGAAUUUAAUAUUUGAACCUGCGGAUUUGGAGUUCGCGUCACCUGCUACAGUGUCGCGAUGUGGUAUGAUCUACAUGGAGCCUGAACAGUUGGGUUGGCGUGCGUUUCUCCAAUCGUACAACACGCAUCUCAGCAAGAAGCUGAUCCCGGAACAGUUUGAACUGAUCCAGGAGUUAAUUGACUGGCUAGUGCCGGCCAUGUUUGAGUUCAUGCAGGCCAAGUGCACGCACUUUGUUCAAGUCGGCGAGAUUCACCAGUUUUAUUCGUUCACCCGCCUGUUCACGUGUUUACUGGAGGGCGAGACGCAGUUCAGCACGAUGUGGCUGCAGUGUACUUUUGUGUUUGCGCUUCUCUGGGGCAUCGCACCGUCUAUUAAUGGUGAAAGUAGAAAAGCGUUCGAUACGUUCUUCCGCAAACUCCUAGACGGUAGUAAUGCGGCGUACCCCAAGCCAAAAUCGUUUAAGUUGACGAAGAACCAGCUGUUCCAGGACAAGGAUACGGUGUUUGAUUAUGUGUAUGAUAAGAGAAACAACGGCACUUGGAUACCCUGGGUCGAGCUGGAGAAGGAGGCGCCACUGCCGCCAACUGCUAAGGUGAACGACCUCAUAAUCCUUACCAACGAGAACGCGUGUCUCCGCUUCUUCGUGUCCAAGAUGGUGAAGUCCAAGAUACCAAUCCUGCUGGUUGGUCCCACAGGAACCGGCAAGUCGUCGCUAGUGCUCAACUUCCUCCUGUCACUGCCCAAGGAGAAAUACAUCACUAAUACCAUUAAUUUCUCGGCUAGGACUACCGCGAAUCAGACGCAAGAUAUAAUAAUGUCAAAAGUUGACAGAAGAAGGAAAGGAGUAUUUGGUCCGUCUAUGGGUAAAAAGUGUGUGCUAUUCGUGGACGACCUGAGCAUGCCGCAGAAGGAGCAGUGGGGCGCGCAGCCGCCGCUGGAGCUGCUGCGGCAGUGGAUCGACCACGGACACUGGUACGACCUCAAGGAGAUGGCGCGCCAGGAGCUGGUGGACGUGCUGUUCGUCUCAGCGAUGUUACCUCCAGGUGGUGGCUCCAACCUGAUCUCGUCACGACUGACGCGUCACACCGUGCUCAUCACACUCGACUCGUUUGAAGAUAACACUUUGAACAAGAUAUUCGGUACGAUCAUGGAUUGGCAUUUUGCUAAGGGAUUCAGUGAUACACUGGCUAGACAGAGCAAGAGCGUAGUCAGCGCGACAAUGGAGGUCUACAAAUCAGUCACACUUCAAUUCCUCCCAACGCCCAGCAAGUGCCACUACCUGUUCAAUUUACGCGACUUUUCUCGCGUCAUCAAGGGCGUGCUGCUCGUGCCCGCCUCGCACAUGCGCGACGUGAACAAGCUCGUGCUGCUGUGGAUACACGAGACCUACCGCGUGUUCUAUGAUCGGCUGGUGGACGAUGCUGAUAGGCUCAAACUAUUCGACUUGGUGUACAAAGCGGUGUACGCGAACUACCGCGUGCACAUGGACCAAGUGCUGACGGAGCUGGGCUACGUGCCCGACGGCGAGAAAUGCUCGAACAAACAUGCGGCGAAUAUAUUCUUUGGCAACUAUAUGGAGCCGGACGCUGAUCCCAAGAUUUAUGAUCAGGUAAUGGACCUGGAUGACAUGUCGGUAAAGAUGGAGUACUAUCUAGAAGAGUACAACGUGGUGUCGUCGUCUCCUAUGUCGUUGGUCAUGUUCCGAUACGCGCUGGAUCAUAUCUCGAGAUGUACGCGUGUGCUGUUGCAGGAUAAUGGUAACUUGUUAUUGGUCGGUGUGGGAGGCAGUGGCAGAAGUAGUGCAGUGAAGUUAGCAGCAAGUAUUUUAGAAAUGAAUGUCAUACAGAUCGAGAUAUCCCGCGUGUACGGACAGAAUGAGUGGCGGGAUGAUCUACGGAAGAUGUUGAUGAAGGCCGGCAUUAUUGGGAAACCGCUUGUAUUCCUAUUUGCUGAUAAUCAAAUAAUGUACGAAGGAAUGGUGGAAGAUAUCAACAUGUUGCUCAAUACUGGUGAUAUUCCUAAUUUGUACGGAAUGGACGAAAAAGUGGAGAUAUUGGACAAGAUGCAAGCGGCGGUCAGAGAGAGUGGUAAGAAGAUAGAAACCACCCCGCUAGCAAUGUUCGGUUUCUACGUGGAGCGUGUGAAAGCGAACCUGCGGAUCGUGCUAGCUAUGUCACCGAUUGGGGAUUCGUUCAGGAAUCGCUUGAGGAUGUUCCCGUCGCUCAUUAAUUGUGCUACUAUUGAUUGGUUCACAUCAUGGCCGCCAGAGGCACUGGAACGCGUGGCGUCCAUGUUCAUAGCGAAGAUGGAGAACGUCGGCGACGAGCUGCGCGACGCGUGCGUAGUGAUGUGCCAGCUGUUCCACACUAGUGUUGUGACGCUCAGCGAUAGGUUUUAUGCAGAUCAAAAGCGCAAAGUGUACGUCACACCGACGAGCUACUUGGAGCUUAUCAAAGCAUUCAUGAGCUUAUACGCUUUGAAAGUUGACCAGAUUACUAAAGCUAGGAUACGCUACGAGACAGGUCUGGAACAGCUGGAGUUCGCAGCGGGCCAGGUGGCGGUGAUGCAGCAGAACCUCAUCGACCUGCAGCCGCUGCUCGUCGAGACAUCGGAUAAGACUGAGAAGCUCAUGAUUAAGAUCGAACAGGAUACUGUGGUGGUGGAGAAGCAGAAAGAGAUAGUAGGUGCGGACGAAGCGCUAGCCAACGAAGCGGCUGCAGCGGCUCAAGCGAUCAAGGACGACUGUGAGUCGGACCUCGCUGAAGCGGUGCCAGCGCUGCAAGCGGCGUUAGAUGCGCUGAAUACUCUCAAACCAGCAGAUAUCACACUGGUGAAGUCGAUGAAGAACCCCCCAGCUGGGGUGAAGCUGGUGAUGGAAGCGGUGUGCGUGAUGAAGGGCAUUAAGGGGGAUAGGAAGAUGGAUCCUAAUGGUAAACCGUUUGAAGAUUUCUGGGGACCAUCGCAAAAGAUGUUGGGAGACAUGAAAUUCCUAGAGAGCUUGAAAAACUAUGAUAAAGACAACAUUCCACCUGCGAUUAUGAAGAAAAUAAGGGACAAAUACAUCCCGGACCGUGAAUUUGACCCAGCAGUGAUCGCGAAAGUGUCGUCCGCGUGCGAGGGGCUCUGCAAGUGGGUGCGAGCUAUGGACGUGUACGAUCGAGUCAUUAAGGUAGUAGCACCAAAGAAAGCGGCGCUAGCUGAAGCUGAAUCAGAGCUGCAGAUGCAGAUGAAUACUCUUAACGAGAAGAGAGCACAGCUGCAGGGCGUGCUCGAUAAGUUGCAGGCGUUAAACGACGAGUUUGCAGAAAUGACGCGCAAAAAGAAAGGUCUAGAAGAUGAAAUAGACCUCUGUUCCACGAAACUGUCUAGAGCUGAACAGCUGAUCGGCGGUCUGGGGGGAGAGAAGGCCAGAUGGACAGAUUUAGCGCUGCAGCUGCAGAACCUGCUGGAUAAUAUUAUAGGUGAUGUGCUGUUGUCGGCUGGAUUUAUUGCAUAUUUGGGGCCCUACACGGUGAAUUACAGGAGGGAGAUUGUGCAGAUGUGGAAUCAGCGGACAAUAGAUUUAAAUAUCCCUUGCUCAGAGACAUUCACAAUAAUAUCCACCCUCGGGGAACCAGUUGUGAUUCGUGCGUGGAAUAUUGCCGGUUUGCCUGUGGACGCCUUUUCCAUUGAAAAUGGCAUUAUCGUGGAGAAAUCUAGACGGUGGCCGCUUAUGAUUGACCCGCAGGAACAAGCGAACAAAUGGGUGAAAAACAUGGAGCGCGAUAACCAAUUAAAAGUGAUAAAGCUGACGGACCCGAACUACGUGCGCGUGCUCGAGAACGCAAUACAACUGGGCUUGCCCGUCAUCCUGGAGAACAUCCGGGAACACCUGGACGCUGUGCUCGAGCCCGUGCUGCUCAGGAAUAUCUUCAGGUCGGGAGGUAUCGACUGUUUGAAACUGGGUGACAACAUACUGGAAUACAGUCACAGUUUUCGAUUCUACAUUACUACUAGAUUGAGCAAUCCUCACUACUUACCCGAGAUCGCUGUUAAGGUGACGCUCCUAAACUUCAUGAUAACCCCGCAAGGUCUCCAAGACCAGCUUCUUGGCAUAGUAGUAGCGCAGGACAGACCCGAGCUCGAGCUGAAGAAGAACCAGCUCAUCGUGGAAGGGGCUAAUAAUAAGAGGACCUUGAAGGAGAUUGAGGAUAAGAUAUUGGAGGUGUUAUCAUCCGCCGGCAACAUUCUAGAAGACGAAUCGGCCAAUCAGAUCCUCUCCUCUUCCAAAACUCUAUCCAUAGAGAUAGAAGCGAAACAAGCAUCUGCUGCUAUCACAGAGAAGGAGAUAGACGAAGCCCGUCUUCUUUACGUGCCGGUGUCGAAGCAUAGCUCUGUGCUGUUCUUCUGUAUAUCUGAUUUGUCCAAUAUUGAUCCUAUGUACCAGUAUUCGCUCAAUUGGUUCAUAAACCUAUACAACCAAGCGAUACUGAACUCCCCACAAAGCGACAUACUGGACGAGCGUCUCGAAGGACUCAACGCGUUCUUCACACGCAGCAUCUAUGAGAAUGUGUGCAGGAGUCUGUUUGAAAAGGAUAAGUUGAUAUUUUCGCUGGUGCUGACUUUGGGCAUCUUAAGGGCCAGGGGUGAAAUAGAUGAUGAUCUAGUGUCGUUCCUGCUAACUGGUGGUGUUGCGCUGGAGAACCCGCACGAGAACCCCGCGCCCGCCUGGCUCUCCGACAAGGCGUGGUCGGAGAUCGUGCGCUGCUCUAACCUCAACGGGUUGCGCGGUUUCAAAGAGAGCUUUGAAGCCAAUAUAUCAAGUUGGAAAGAGUUCUACGAUCUGUCGGCGCCGCAUGAAGCCGCUUUUCCGCACCCGUAUGAAGAGAUACGCGGCAUUCCUAAGCUCAUUAUAUUAAGAUGCAUCCGACCAGACAAGUUGAUCCCUCUAGUCCAACAAUACGUAGUGGAGGAAAUGGGUCGGCCAUACAUCGAACCGCCCCCCUUCGACCUAGAGAAGUCAUACAACGACAGCAACUGCUGCUCCCCGCUGAUCUUCAUCCUGUCUCCAGGGUCUGACCCCAUGUCGGGGCUGGUCAAGUUCUCCAUGGAGAGGAAGGUGGUCAGCUUCGAGACGAUUUCGCUGGGGCAGGGACAGGGUCCAAUAGCAGCGAACAUGAUUAGCCAAGCGAUCGUGACGGGCGGCUGGGUGGUGCUGCAGAACUGCCACGUGAUGGACUCGUGGAUGGGCGAGCUGGAGAGGAUCUGUGCUGAAGUUAUUGUGCCGCAGACAACACACAAGGAGUUCCGGUGUUGGCUGACGUCAUAUCCCAGUCGAGCCUUUCCGGUCACUGUGCUACAGAAUGGCGUGAAGAUGACGAACGAAGCGCCAAAGGGGCUGAAGAACAACAUCUACCGCUCGUACAUCUCGGACCCGAUCUGCGACGCGGAGUUCUACAUCUCGUGCCCGCGCACGGAGCAAUGGCGGCGGCUGCUGUACGCGCUGUGCUUCUUCCACGCGCUCGUGCAGGAGCGCCGCGCCUUCGGCCCGCUCGGCUGGAACAUACAGUACGAGUUCAACGAGAGCGACCUGCGCAUCUGCAUCAUGCAGCUGCAGAUGUUUCUCACGGAGUACGCAGAGACCCCGCUAGAGGCGCUCAACUACCUGGCGGGCGAGUGCAACUACGGCGGUCGCGUUACAGAUGACAAGGACAGAAGACUCAUUAUGUCGCUGCUCUCAACUUUUUAUAAUGCGGAAGUCACUGGUGAUCCGGACUACUCGUUCUCCCCGAGCGGCGACUACCGCAUGCCGGCGAGUAUGGAGUACAACAGUGUACUCGAGCACAUCAGAGCGCUGCCGAUGAUCGCUAAACCAGAAGUGUUUGGGUUGCACGAGAAUGCGGAUAUCACUAAGGAUAAUAAGGAGACGGCUGCGCUUCUCUUCGGCUGCCUGCUCACCCAGACCUCCAUAACCUCGAGCGGUGGUGGUGGUGAGGGUGGUGAGGGUGGUGGUGUGGUGGAGCUGACGCGCGACAUGCGAGCCCGCCUGCCGCCGCCCUACGACGUGCCGGCCGUCGCCGCGAGAUACCCCGUGCAGUACUAUAACAGCAUGAACACCGUGCUCAAACAGGAGCUAAUCCGCUACAACCGUCUAGUAAACGUAGUGGCUCGUACCCUUCAAGGCGUGUACUUAGCAGCCCAGGGUCUGGCCAUCAUGAGCGCGGAGCUGGAGGAGUGCAACAACGCCUUCGUGAAGGGCAUCGUGCCUGGAGCUUGGAUGUCCAAGUCUUAUCCGUCUAUGAAACCAUUGGGAUCGUAUGUUGCGGAUUUGUUGGCAAGACUAAAGUUUCUCCAAGACUGGAUAGACGAAGGUCCUCCAGUGGUCUUCUGGAUAUCCGGGUUCUACUUCACGCAGUCGUUCCUCACGGGCGUGCUGCAGAACUACUCGAGACACAACAGAAUACCGAUAGACCAGGUGCACUUUGAGUUCACCAUCACCAGCAUGGAGGCGGAGUGUGAAGAGGAGCCGACAUUUGGGGUUUAUUGUAAGGGUCUCUUCCUAGAAGGUGCAAGAUGGAAUCGCGAGACGAUGCAGCUAGACGAGUCUUACCCGAAAAUAUUAUUUGACACAAUACCCAUUAUUUGGUUCCAACCAGCCUUAAUUGUUGACUUUAACCCCCCUCCCUCCUACUUCUGCCCUAUAUACAAGACAAGUGAACGAAAGGGGGUGCUCGCUACAACAGGACAUUCCAGUAAUUUUGUUAUGUAUAUCACGCUAAGGUCGGAUAUACCACAGAAGCAUUGGAUCAAUAGAGGCGUCGCUAGUUUGACGCAAUUGGAUGAUUAAUUAGGUUUUUAAUUGUAAUUCCUGUGAUAUG